AGUAGGUAGUGGCGUCACUCUGCUGCUUUUGGAUCGUGCGUGUGAAAGUGUAGUCGCCAUGCCGCGAGUGUACGUCGGAAGACUCGGGUAUCACGUACGGGAGAAGGAUAUCCAGCGGUUCUUCGGGAGCUACGGCAAACUAUUGGAGGUUGACCUAAAGAACGGGUACGGCUUUGUGGAGUUUGAGGACUCGAGGGAUGCUGAUGAUGCCGUGUACGAGCUUAAUGGCAAAGACCUAUGUGGCGAGCGUGUGAUUGUAGAACAUGCCCGGGGCCCACGGCGAGACAGGGAUGGCUAUGGCUAUGGAAGUCGCAGUAAGCAUGGCAGUCCUGGUGGAUACAGAAACCAGAGGUCUGGCAGGGACAAGUAUGGUCCCCCUGUGCGCACAGAAUUCAGGCUGGUUGUGGAAAACCUCUCAAGCCGAUGCAGCUGGCAGGAUCUCAAGGAUUUCAUGAGGCAGGCAGGCGAGGUGACAUACGCUGAUGCACAUAAGGAGCGUCCAAAUGAGGGGGUUAUUGAGUUCAGGUCUUACUCUGAUCUGAAGAGAGCUGUGGAGAAGUUGGAUGGCACGGAGAUAAAUGGACGCAGAAUCAGACUGGUGGAGGGAAAGACUCGUCACAGGAGAUCUUAUUCUGGUAGCCGCUCCAGCAGGCAAAGAUCACGCAGCAGGAGUAGGCAUCCCAGCCACAGCAGGUCCAGGAGUCGAUCUCGUUCACCUGCCAAGAAAAGCCGUUCCCCUGCUAAAAAAAGCCGCUCUCAUUCCCCUACUAAGAGCAGCCAUUCACAGUCCCCUGGAAAGAGCCAGUCCCGGUCUAGGUCAAGAUCUAGAAGUAAAGAACAGUCAAGCAAGCCAAAAUCUCCGCAUAGCUCACGGUCACGUAGCACAUCCCGAGGAAAGCAGGAGAGGUCUCGUAGUCGCUCCAAAGGCCUGGUUGAAAGGUCCCGCAGUAGAUCAAAAGAAAAUGAUGAAAGGUCCCACAGUCGGUCCAAAGGCAUAGAACGGUCUCGUAGUUGGUCCAAAGCGAAGGGUGAAAGGUCACGUAGUCUAUCCAAAGCUAAAGAUGAUAGAUCUCGCAGCCGAUCCAAAGCUAAAGAUGAUCGAUCUCGCAGCCGAUCCAAAGCUAAAGAUGACCGAUCUCGCAGCCGAUCCAAAACUAAAGAUGACCGAUCUCGCAGCCGAUCCAAAAUUAAAGAUGACCGAUCUCGCAGCCGAUCCAAAACUAAAGAUGACCGAUCUCGCAGCCGAUCCAAAACUAAAGAUGACCGAUCUCGCAGCCGAUCCAAAACUAAAGAUGACCGAUCUCGCAGCCGAUCCAAAACUAAAGAUGACCGAUCUCGCAGCCGAUCCAAAACUAAAGAUGACCGAUCUCGCAGCCGUUCUAAAGCUAAAGAUGAACGGUCUCACAGUCGGUCCAAAGAGAACAGGAAAAGAUCACGCAGUCCAUCAGAAAACAAGCAUGACAGAUCUCGUCAAGGCAAGCAUGAGAGGUCUGAUAGUAGAUCAAAAAGCAAGCGGGAAAGGUCUAGCAGUCGGUCAAAGAGCAAGCGGGAGAGGUCAAGCAGCAGGUCAAAAUCCAAGCGGGAAAGAUCCCGUAGCAGAUCAAAGAGCAAACGAGAGAGAUCUGGCAGUCGUUCCAAAGGCAAAAGAGAGAGAUCUGGCAGUCGUUCCAAAGGCAAAAGAGAGAGAUCUGGCAGUCGUUCCAAAGGCAAAAGGGAGAGAUCCCGCAGUCGUUCCAAAGGCAAAAGGGAGAGAUCCCGUAGUCGUUCCAAAGGCAAAAGAGAUCGAUCACGCAGUCGUUCUAAAGGCAAAAGGGAUAAUUCUGAAGGUCGCUCAAAUACAAAGAGGGCAAGGUCUACUCGCAGUCGCUCCAGAUCCCGUUCUCCACGGGAAAAUGGAAAGGGAGGUGUACGAUCCCGCUCCAAGUCUCCCCUUCCAGCCUCUAGGAGCAAGGAGCGAUCAUUAAGCCCUCUUCCUCGAGCUGCUUCUGCUUCCAGUUCUAGGUCUCGCUCUAGCUCACGAGAAUAGAAUGCUGGCAUGCUUUGUCGGUAAAUGUUUUAAGUGCAGUUCUAGAACUGUGGACCAAUUAACAACUUGAUGUAUAAAUACAAUUCAUUGUACUUAAAGGAACAGUUACAACAAAACAUUAAAGUGUUUUAAAGGAAUGACCAUACCAUGUACUGUUGCUCUGCACUGGUAAAACUGGUGUUUGCUUCAGAAAGACUACUAUAGUUUAUAUAAACAAGCUGGUGUUUAGCCAUGGGGGCUGCCAUUCAGAGCUGAAAGCUGAGAAAUGCACAGGAUAAACAGUAGAUAACAGAUAAGCUCUGUAGUAUACAAUGGGAUUAUUCAGAAUGUAUCUGUUAUCUACUGUGUAUCCUAUACUUGAAUGGCUGCCCCGUGGCUACAGAGCAGCUUGUUUAUAUAAACUAUUGUAGUGUUUCUGAACAAACACACCAGUGCAGGGCAAUAGUACAUUCUAUUGUCAUUCCAUUAAAUCACUUUUUGGUGUUACUGUUCACUUAAGUUAAACCUGUUCAUUUCAGUCAGGGAUUGCUACACGCUAAUUUUCAUUGCAUUGUAAAACUCUUUAGGCAGGUCAAGCAAUUUUUAGGUAUUGAUGUGCUUUUUUUCCCACCCCUGCCUGAUGCACCAUUUGGUACUUAGGGGGUGAAAGAAUUUUAUCCUACCAUGACCUUUCUAGAAUAGGGUUUAGAGCUAGUUACUGCCAUAUCUGAUCGUAUGAAUACUCUGUCACCCAGAAUGUUUGCUCUGUAAUUACAAAUUUGGGCUGCUAAUAAAUGUGAUUAAUUUGGUUUUCCAUGUUAAAUCCUAGUGCACCUAAGUCUAAUGGUCGAAAAUAAGUUAAAACUAGUGAUGUGAUAACUAAUUAUUUGCUAACUUGUUUAACCCGUAGGCAUUCACUCCAAAUCCAUCUUAAAUUUACCUUCAUGCUGUGCCCUCGUAAGGGACCCAGUCCCAAAGUUUUGGGGCACCUUGUGAAGUUGCUGAUCUGCCAUUGAGGGUUAGUACUUUCCCAAGCUAUAGCUGCUGAUGUUGUAAAUAAAGUGAAGGUUUGUAUUUCUAAAGCAGUUUUUGCUUUUUUUUUUUGUUUUUUAGUUAAAUGCUGUAACUACAUAAUGAGCAGAGAAAAUAAAAUUGCUUUUUCAAGCAUA